AUGGCAAAACUGCUCAGGAAAAGAGUCGCAAUUGUUAGAAGUCGACCCUCAGGCCUUGCUGCUGCUGAUCAGUUAAAUAGAUUGGGUCAUAGUAUCACAACGCUUGAACGUGCUGUUAGGAUUGAUGGUCUGAUGAUGUAUGGUGUGCCCAACAUGAAGACGGACAAAAUUGAUGUCGUUCAGAGAUGGGUUGACCUUAUGGAGAAGGAAGGGGUAAAAUUUGUAGUCAAUGCAAAUGUCGGAAAUGAUCCUGUGUUCGCCUUGGAUUGCCUCCGUGAAGAUCAUGAAGCAAUUGUUUUGGUUGUUGGAACGACAAAGCCAAGGGACUUUCCCGUUCUUGGAAGAGACCUCUCAGGAGUCCAUUUCGCAAUAGAGUUUCUACACGCAAACACAAAAAGUUUGCUUGAUAGCUAUCUGCAGGAUGAAAAAUACAUGUCCGCCAAGGGCAAGAAGGUGGUUGUUAUUAGUAGAGGUGUUACUGGGACAGAUUGUAUAGGAACAUCUUUUCGUCAUGGUUGCAGCAGUAUAGUUAAUCUAGAGCUUCUCCCUCAGCCACUAAAUACUAGGGCACCUGGAAAUCCUUGGCCACAGGUUUGAUCAUGUUUUAGUUGAUUUUAACCUCCUUACUUAGUUAGACUCUUGCUUUAUGAUUAUUAUGUGCAUGAUAGUUUCAGUGGCAACACAAGGUUUUUGACAGUUUAAAUCUUGAAGGAACUGCUUUUUUUUAUUUUCUGUGGUAAUUGCUAAAAUUGACUUUAUUGUCCAAGUUGGGAUAUGUCAUAAAGUGGUCAUGGAACUUCUGUUGAUGAGUUUUUCAUCAAAUUCCUGAAUGUCAUUGUGACCUAUCCUUUGCUUUUUGUUAUUGGCUGUGGCCUCGUAUCUUCCGUGUAGAUUAUGGGCAUCAGGAAGCUGCUGCAAAGUUUGAUAAGGACCCAAGAUCCUACGAGGUUUUGACCAAGCGGUUCAUUGGAGAUAAAAAUGGAAAUGUGAAUGGAUUGGAGGUGAUACGUGUACAGUGGGAGAAAGAUGCAAGUGGAAGAUUCCAAUUAUUGCCUCUUUUUACCUGGUGCUCUGAUGAAAUUGUAUUGAUAUUGACUGGUUAUCGCUGUGUUUGAAUUUUAUUCAGACGAUAGCAGACAAAUUGGGAUUAGAAAAGGACAACAGGUCUAACUUCAUGCCUGAUUAUGGACAUGUACUGCUCAUGAUGACACUGA